GAGGCGCGCGCUCAGUCCGCGGACGGAGGAGGCGGGGGCGGCUACCUGGAGGCUGCGCCGCCGACCCCAGUGGACCCCGGCGAUGGCCAAGGUGUCGGUGCUGAACGUGGCGGUCCUGGAGAACCCGAGUCCGUUCCACAGCCCCUUCCGGUUCGAGAUCAGUUUCGAGUGCAGUGAGGCCCUGGCGGACGACCUGGAGUGGAAGAUCAUCUACGUGGGCUCAGCUGAGAGUGAGGAGUUUGAUCAAAUCCUGGACUCGGUGCUGGUCGGCCCCGUGCCAGCAGGGAGACACAUGUUUGUCUUUCAGGCCGAGGCCCCCAACCCGUCCCUCAUCCCCGAGUCGGACGCCGUGGGUGUGACUGUGGUCCUGAUCACCUGCACCUACCACGGGCAGGAGUUCAUCCGCGUGGGCUAUUACGUCAACAACGAGUACCCCACCCCCGAGCUGCGGGAGAACCCGCCCCCGAAGCCAGACUUCUCUCAGCUCCAGCGGAACAUCUUGGCAUCCAACCCCCGGGUCACCCGCUUCCACAUCAACUGGGACAACAACUCAGACAAGCUGGAGGGCCAGGACGCUGGCCUGAGCUGCGGCCUGCCCCUCAGCUGCACACCUCUCAAGGGCCUGGGCCUCCCCAGCUGCCUCCCCAGCCUCCUGCCCGAGAACUCCAUGGACUGCAUCUGAGCGUGGCGACCCAGGCCCUGGCAGGGCUCAGCCGGCACCACAGCCAGUCUCCGAGCACAUCUGAAGGAGCAGCCGGGCCUCCUGGAGAGUCACGGGGGCCUUCUGGAGGACUUCAGGGCUUACUCCCCACAUCCAAGCCGGUGAAACUGGGCCCCAACGAAAGGAUAGGCCUCGGGCCUCUCCCAGCCCCAGCGCAGAGGACCAUCUCCUCCUCCACAGGCUUUAGGGAGCAGUUCCUGAGUUCUCUGUUCUUCCUAACGUGUGUCCCUUCUCCCUUCCCCACACUAAAUCCCACCUGCCUGCCGUGGUGUCACCCUGCUCCCUCAAGCACUGCUGACCAAAAGCCACUUCCCACAGCCUCUCCAGCCGGCCUUGAGGCUUUCUCGGUCGGUGUUGGGCCAAAGGCUCUGUCAUUCCUUCCCCUUCCCAAUAUCUGAGCAGAUACCCCCCGGCUUUCUAGAGUCACAGUCAAGGAAUCCUGGUGAAGAAGUAGACUCAGAUAUAAUCUCUGUCCUCCCAGGAGGAUUUUUAGCUUUUUUCAAUCCAGCGGCCCCUGAAAACCUCUAGCCCUAAAGGUGUGAUCAGCAGGAUGCUGAGGAACACAAUAGUGCCUUCUGCUCUCAACAGAACCUUCUUUUCUCACCUCCUGGGACCCAACUUUCCCUGAAGGCUGCAGCAGAGGGUGGGGGCCUGUGGUUCCCUUGACCUGCCCUCUGCUGAGACCACCCGCUCAGGGUGAUUGCAAGCAAGGGGAAAGGGCAGGGACCCGGAACCUUCCCUCCCCUCCCCCAGUACACUGUCUGCCCCAGUCCUCUUGCUGCUACAUGGAUGCCCUGGUGAUUGCCGUUUGUAUAUUAAAGGGUUUUUAUAUUAAAAACAUUUGUCUGGUCUAAAAAUAAAGAGCACUUCAUCUACACUGACUGUGCCUCUGUCUCUGGUGGGCUCAGGCAGCUGUUUGUCUACCCACCUGUGCUGGUUUGAAUGUAUUAUGUCCCCCAGAAAAAGCCAUGUUCUUUGAUGCAAUCUUGUGGGGCAGACAUACUA